AGUAAAACUGAGUCGGUGUGAUUUUUUUCCAGGAUGUACGAAGAUUAAAAUCAGAACACAUGAACCUGAAAUGACCUAUAAACCUAAUAUUUCUGUCAAAGGCUCCACUCACAUUCACCCAGCUCGUGUUGUGGGUCUGGAAGUAAACGCCAGCCUCACUCCCGAGGCUCCCUUGCAAUCCCGGCUUCUUCCUCCCUUUCUCUAUUGCGGGCUGCCAAAACCGGUAACCAAAGAAAUCGCCACACUUGAGUUUCCGGAAUUCCUUUGCUCAGAUUUGUGGGAAAUGUAGUCUGGUCCUUUGUGACGACACAGGAGCCCGCUCCGGAAACAGUACUUGUUCAUUCUGUCUGAAAGUGUGGUAUUUCCCCAAAGUUGUGCGAGAGUCCCGCCUGCUGUGCAUUCCCGUUGCGUCUCUGACAUGGAGGCCAGAAGAGGGCACCAGACCUCAUUACAGAUGGUUGUGAGCCACCAUGUGGUUGCUGGGAAUUGAACUCAGGACCUUUGCUCUUAACCGCUGAGCCAUCUCUCCAGCCCCAUCAUGAACUAAUAAUCUUGCUAUGCAAGACAGGUCAUUCUUGGAAAUCCCUGACGGGAAGGAAAUGCUGUCCUUCUGGGAUGUGGCCAUUGAUUUCUCUCCAGAAGAGAGGGAAUGCCUGCAGCCUGCUCAGUGGAAUCUGUACAGGGAUGUGAUGUUGGAGAAUUACAGUCACCUGGAUUUCCUGGGUCUUGUUCUCUCUAAGCCACACCUGGUGACAUUUCUGGAGCAAAGACAAGGGCCUACAGGUGUGAAGAAACAAGAGGAAGCCACAGUGCAUACAGGAAAAACAGUCAAUAAAUGUAAAGAGUACAGCAAGGCCUUUUAUUGUAAUUCACUGCUUAUUCAACACCAGACAGUUGAUGCAGGGGAGAACCCCUACAAAUGUGAAGACUGUGGCAAAGCGUUUCGUAUUCGCUCAAGGCUUUCUAUCCACCAGAAAAUUCACACUGGAGAAAAACCCUACAAAUGUGAAGAAUGUGGCAAGGCCUUUAAUACCCAUACAAAACUUUCUGUACACCAGAGAAUUCACACUGGAGAAAAACCUUACAAGUGUGAAGAGUGUGGCAAGGCCUUUAGUUCUCACUCAACACGUUACAGACACCGGAAAAAUCAUACUGGAGAAAAACCCUACAAGUGUAAAGAAUGUGACAAAGUAUUUUCCUACCCUUCAUUACUUAAGGUACACCAAAGAAUUCAUUCUUCAGAGAAAUCCUACAAGUGUGAAGAAUGUGGCAAAUUAUUUUACUGUCCUUCGUUGCUUAAGAAACAUCAAAUAAUUCAUUCUGCAGAAAAGCCCUACAAGUGUACAGAAUGCAGCAAAGCCUUUCACUAUCCUUCGUUGCUUAAGCGGCAUCAAAGAAUUCACACGGGGAAGAAGCCCUAUAAGUGUACAGACUGUGACAAGGCAUUUUACUCUUCUGCAUUCCUGAAGCGGCAUCAAAGAAUUCACUCUGAAGAGAAUCCCUACAAGUGUGAAGAAUGUGGCCGACGGUUUUACUCUUUUGCACACCUUCAGGAUCACCAACGGUUUCAUUCUGGAGAGAAACCAUACAAAUGUGAAGAGUGUGGGAAAACAUUUUCUACUCUCUCAUACCUUCCCUGGCACAAAUUGCGUCAUUCAGGGGAGAAGUCUUACAAAUGUGAAAUAUGUGGCAAAAUGUUUUACUCUACAUUAGACCUUAAAAAACACAAAAAAAUUCAUAUUUAUAAGUGUGGGGAAUGUCACUAUGCCUUUCCGAAUUACUCAGCCCUUACUGAACACCAGAGAGUUCAUACUGGAGAGAAACCACACAUAUGUGAACAAUGUGGAAAAAUCUUUUCUAGACUUGAUAGCCUCAAUCAGCACCAGAUUGUUCAUACUGGAGAGAAACCCUAUAAAUGUGAAAAGUGUGACAAGAGUUUUUUCCGAUCUUCCUCCCUUAAAAGACAUCAAGGGACUCAUUCUUAAUAGAAAUUUGACAAGUAUGUGCAAUGGGAUAAAAUCUUGCUAAAUAGUCAUACCUUAGCCAAGACAAAUGAAUCCACUGAGUAGAGAAGUCAGGCACGUGUGAAGAAUGCUGAGUGCUUUACCACUCAGUCAGUACUUCCUACCAACAACAAAGUUCAUUCCGGAGAGAGAAAGCCCAAUUCUGAAGGGAGUGACAAGCCUUUAGUGUUUCUUUAUAUCUUGAGUAGCACAAGAAUUUCCAUCAAGGCUAUAGUGUGAGGGAUGUGGUGAAGGUUUGAGUUAUCUUUCAGUCCUGGUUCAACCUCAGUAAUUCUCACCUGAGAAAAACCCUACUUAUGCAGAAGAGGACCAGGGCUUAGCUAUUCUUCAUGGCGAUAUAAGUUUGGAGAUUUCACUCUGAUGAGAAAGUCUACAAAAGCAAUAAGUGUGGCAAGUUCUCUACGUGUUCUUCACACUCUAAAUAUCUGCAGAUACUUCAUACUGCAGAGACACUCUACACGUACAAACACUGUCCCUAAGGCUUGAACAGAGUACUUCAACCUUCAGCAACACCUAAGCAUCGAUAUAGGUGAGAAUCCCUGCAAAUAGAAAUGUCCUCCUUAGCUUCAGCUGUCAACUUCACCUAACCCAGCAUUAUCUGAGUGGGUGCUUUUCUGGAUCAGAAUGCCUUCUGGGCAUGUCUGGGGGUCAUUUUGUUGAUUGGUAAGUGUAACACCCAAUUCUCAGUACAGUUCGCAUGCCACUGUACCGUACGCAAGUUGGGCAAAGGCCUGGAGAUUGAAAGAACACACAAAGAGACCUGGGUCAUUCGAAAGGAGAUCAGACGAAUGCCGUUUAUUCAACCUUGGGGAAAUCCUUAUAUACCUAGCUGCUGCACAAGGAUUUCAGCCCAGGCAGAUGGGAAAUUACCAUACCAAAGAUGGAGUCAACAAUGCCCUACAGCUAAUCACCAGGCAGGACAGGGGGAGCACAGGAACAAGCAGAAUGCUUUAGCGGGCUGACCAGAAACUGGCCUCAAGAUGAACCCCAAGAACAAGGGUAGACCCGGGUAAGUGGUAUAGGAGAGUCUACCCAGGACACGCAGCACCACUCUGGGGUGGGUCACAUAAGAAUUGUGCAUGAGCAGGAGGCUAAGAAACAUUAGGAAGCAUGGUUUCUAUUUCCCUUCCUGUCCCUGGAAGAGGAACACUAGACCCUUAGGUUGAAAUAAAAAUUUGCUCCCCAAAGUUGUUUUUGGCCCUACCUUUUAUGACUCCAACACGUUAAUGUAUGACAGCAAAGGGCACGGGGGCGUUUCACUCUUCUUCACACCUCUCUUCACACAAGGCUCUGUGUUAGAGACAGUGUCACAGCAGAGCCUUCACACCACACGAGAGUCCUAUUGAUACAAAGAAUAUGACAAAGAACUGUGUUUCCCUUAUUUAACACCCCAAAUUUCAUGCUGCAGAUGAACUUUGUAAGAACAAUGACAGUAGCUACAUGUUGAACAACUGUUGCAAACUCAACAUGAGAAAUUUAAUUAUGAAUGGAACUAACAUAAUUGAUAAGAGAAGCAAUUUAUUCUACUCUUCAUACCUUAACAUCAAAAUAUAUAUUUUGUAUAGGAAACCCUACAAAUUAAAUAGUGACAGAGCCUUAAAUCCUUAGGGCCCAUGAGUGAAUUCAUAUUGUAGAGAAGCCUUCUACAUAAAAUGACACUAGGAGCCUCCAUUUUUAUUAUACAUACCUCAUAGUAGCAAAUGAACUACUCUAAUAUCAAUAAUAUAGCAAUGUCUUUUUUUAUAAUUUAUACAUGUAAAUGGAUAUAAUUGUAAGCAGUUAGAACAACCUUAGGUUGUUCUCUCCCACAACCUCUCUAAAAUAAUCCUUCAGAGGCUUGUUCUAAUUAUAAAUGCUAGGCCUAUAGCUCAAAAUUAACUUCAAAUUUGUAUCAGUAAGCCAAAAUCCAUACCAAUAUGUAAGAUUAAUAGUUUUUUGGACUAAAGUAGUUUCAGUAAUCUAUCCUUUUUCCAAUCAUUUUAUAUGACCCUUCUUUUAGAAAGAGAUAUUUGAAUUUAAAUUAAAUUUAAAAUUUAAUUAACUUUUAGCUUUUUUUCUAGUAUGAGCAAUAUAACAUUUUGUAAUAAACAAAGACAAAUGUCUAUAAUUCUUUUGGGGAAGAAUGUGGAUGCAGUUCUCUAGCCUACUUCCUGUUGAUUGGAGGCACUAAUCAUAUUUGGGCAACAUGAGAAAAUUUAGAAUUAUAGUCAAGUCCUGACUGGUGUAAUCUGUGAAGCUAUAUCAUCUCAGCCAGCAACCUUGAAGCUGCUCUGGAUAUAGAAUUAUGAGGUGACUGUAACAGAAGCAUUUUGAAAUGCUGAAUCACCUGGACCAUCCAUCUUUAUUAGCAUUUAGUCUGCUUAUUCUGAAAAUAGAUAAAAUUUUAAAGGUAACAUACAUAUUUGCAUCUAAAUAGAUUGCAUUGUACACAAGUCAGCCAAAGAGGAUUUUCUGUUAUGUGUUUGAGCAGAUAAAAGGUACAUCAUAUGCCUUGUAGAUCUUCCAGGUUUAUUUUUUUUAUGAGUGCAGUCAGGAUUUCAGAGCGUCUUCCUUGAUCAAACCUGAUUUUCUUUAACCUGAAAUGAAUCCACAGCCUCUCAUUUUGUUGUGGAAAUAAAAGCAGAACCUCUUUCCCAAAGAAACAUAUCUUUUUAUUUAAUUUUUUUUCUUUUUUGAGACGGGGUUUCUCGGUGUAACAGCUAUGGCUGUUACAGCAGUGUCCUGGAACUAGUUUUGUAGACCAGGCUAGCCUUGAACUCACAAAGAUCCACCUGCCUCUGCCUCCCAAGUGCUGGAAUUAAAGGUGUGUGCCACCACUGCCCUGCUUGAGUUAAAUUUUGAAGUCAAUAAAAUUUUAAAAUAUAUAGGUUGGAUUAAUGCAGCAACAUUUUUGAUCAAAUAUUUCUUUGCAGCUAUUGUAUCUUCGGCCAUCAAACAAUUCAAAUACAACACAAUAACAUAAAGUAUCCAGAUUCUCUGUGUAUUUUCCAUCUUUAUGUGUUUUUUUUAUGUUAUUUUACUCCCUUUUUAGGACUUUAUUGUUGU